AUGUCUUCUACGGAUGAACCAGCUCCGAACGUGCAAGAACUGCAGUCUCUGAUCAAUGGGAGACUACAGGCACAGGGGUACGAAGAACGAAUUGUCACGGACGAGAUCCGGACCUACUGGGUUGGACCUCGGAAUGAAAUCGUCAAAUUGCAACGGAUUCUUGCCGUAAUUCCCACGGACGAGGAGAAGAGUACGCUUCGCAAGAUUCUGUCUGCCUGGAUGAACGACCAACGGGAGAACAAGCCCCAGUACGAUCCAUUCCGGGGAUUUCUUCAGGACGGCUAUCGAGUGCAAUUCUUCGUGGAACGGCGGCGUGAAGAGGGCGCCCCAGUCGAGGCGGAUUGUCUCGAAGAUCUCCGCCUGGACCCAAAUAAUCCAGCUAAGCUUGAAUAUGAUACCCGGGACAAAGAUGAUAAGAAGAUCAUCGAGAGGUGGCUCAAGCAGGAAGCCAGGCGCAAUCCACCAAGUAACGCCGACCGGACUUUUACCGAUAAUGCAAAGUAUAACGAGAUCUUUGACAUCCAUUUUUUACGGUAUUUCGAUCUACAGAUUAGAAAUGGCUUGGUGUGGGGGGAAUGA